UAAACUCAUGCAGUGUUAUGGCUUCUGUCGAUCUGGAAGAAAAAUCAAAUUUUACAAGACUCAGUAGACUUUUAGUUGACAAAGGAACUGAAGCUUUGAGAAAUACAUUUGAUGCCAUACAUCCUCCUGCCAACUUACCUGGGGUGCUCAACGCCAAUCGAAAAUCUCUUUUGAGGUUAAGAUUUCGAGUUAUUAAUGAUUCACAGUGGAAUUUACUGUUUCCUCCAUCCGGCAACCCACCAGAUUCCAAAACCUUUGAUGUUACAUUACUUACAGUUCUGUUUCGGAACAUUUGUGGCUUUACAGCACCACCAACAGGAUGGGAUACAAUGCCUGUGAAUACAGACAGGUCGGUGCAAGCAAACAUCGUACGACUCAAGUCCUUUAGAAAUGAAGUUUAUGCACACGUGACGUCAACUCAAUUGGAUAAUGCAACAUUUGAAUCGUUAUGGCUGCAAAUUGCCCAGGCUUUGGUAGAAUUGAACAUUCCACAGAAUGAUGUCGAUGAUUUAAAAACUUGUCCUUUAGCGCAUGAAGAACAAAUAUAUGUGGAGAUGCUUAAAAAAUUGAAAUCGCAAGAAGAAGAGAGUACGAAAGUGUUUGAAGUGCUGACAUCAAUUGCUGAAGAAAGCCGCGAUGGAAUAAAACAACUCCAUCAGUCAGUUUUGGAGCAACAAAGCGAUAUCCAAGCCCUCCAAAGUUCGGUCAAUCAUUCAUCACAAGUUGUUAAGGAUAAUAUUCUUGAGAAAAAUUGCAGCAAAGAGAGUGAUGAACAUCUCUUGCGAAAACUCGCAACGCAUAAUUUCAAGAGCAAAAUUAGAGGUAAAGUAAAGUUGUUCCAUCCUGGCUCGAGAGAGUGGUUAUUACAACAAGUGGACGAGUUUGGUAAUAAUAAGCAUAACUCAAGUGUGUUGUUAUUGACAGCUGGACCUGGAUUUGGUAAAAGUGUGUUCGCUGCAAAAGUUUGUGAGGAUUUUAAGAAUAAGGGAAAGUUGGCAGCUUCUCACUUUUGUGACUUUAGUAAUUCAAACCUAAGAGAUCCUAUGAUGAUGCUGCAGUCUCUCGCAAGUCAGAUGUGUGAAAAUAUUACUGGUUUUAAAGAGAAGCUUCUUGAUCAUUUGAGGCGACCUCAUCAAGUCCAAAGCUUAAAGGAUGCCUUUAGAAUAUACUUGCAAAAUCCCCUUGAUGAAUUGGAUUUAGAAGAACCAACUUUAGUCGUGAUCGAUGGCUUGGAUGAAAGUGCAGCAGAUGAUAAGAAUGAAAUUAUGAAUUUGAUUGUUGAUUAUUUUCCAGAUCUUCCCGAGUGUAUAAAGUUCCUGGUGACCAGCAGGCCGGAGAUUUCCAUAGGCAAACUAAAUGGUGUUCAAAAGAUUAAUAUUGACAGCAAUGAUACCAACAAUGACUUAGAUCUUGAAUUGUACCUUAAAGCUUGUCUUCCAUGUCUAGCUGAUAGGAAAGCAAAAAUUCCUUGGUUUUUUGAAUACGGAGAUCCGGUUACAACUGUGUGUGAAGAGCUUGCUCAGACGAAGUGCCAGGGUUCAUUUCUGUAUGCGUUUUAUGUUCAGUUUGAACUACGGAAACGAGAUGAUCUUGAUAAGAUGACAUUGGAUGAAAUAAUGACGUUUGUCCCAGAAGGCCUGGAUUCAAUUUACUUGAAAUAUUUUAAUCGCCUUGAAAACGAGCUAAGAGCCAUAAGGCAUGGCUGUCUUGAUGUGCUGAGAAUUUUGGAAAUGCUUGCAGUUUCUGAAGGCCCACUUCCCCUCAGUUUCAUUUCUCGUGCUCUUGGUUUGGCUUCAGAUUGUCGUGAAACGACAAAGAUCAUUAACAAAGUCAACGAAACGGUAUCCUGUUUGCUCUACGUUUCUGAUGAUCUGGUGACCGUUUUCCACAAGUCCGUUAUUGACUGGCUUCUUGCAGAAGGCUACAAAAAUCACGAGUAUGCCGUCAAAGUCAGUGAUGGAAAUAAAUCCCUAUGGCUGAGAUGUGAACAAGUUUUUGAAGAAAUUAAGAAGAGAAUUUGCUCCUUAGAUGACUUAGACUUAACUAAUGACGUGAAAUAUGCUCUGGAUCACGGCUUUCGAUAUCUCAAAGCAUGUAAUAUGGAGGAAAGUUUCUUUUGGGUGGUAGAUUUUGUAAUCAUAUACGUAUUUUUUACUAUCUACCCCUUAAGAGGAAAGUAUCUAGUACAUCUCUGGGCAGAAAUUCUUCAGGGUUCUGUGGUCACAAGUUACGAACUACGUGAACGCAUUUUAUGGCAUGUCUUUGAAAUUGACUUUCUGAGAAAUAAAUCAACGCUAAAGACGAGAUCAUAUUAUUUAAAAAGUGUCCUCACACAUUCUCCUGAAGGAUGUUUCAGUGAUAACGAGAAGAUAAUUGCGGAGUCGCUUUUGUCGAAGGUUCGACGGUUUGUCGAGUACAGUAACUUUAAUGAAGUGGAUGUUUUACCUUUUGCAGCCUGGCAUCAUAAUCCUUCAAGGCCAGAAUAUAUAGAUUGGGACGAGGUUUGGGAGCCAGGGAUUAGCGCGGUUGGUUUGUCCCACGAUAAGACAAUGGCAGCCGUUGGAAACACGGAUUGGACUAUCAGUGUAAUAUGCGUACCAAGUUUGGUUAAGCUUUGGGAAUAUUCAGCAGAAUUGGGAAGUGUGAACCUAUCCACUCCAGUGUGUUGCGUAUUCGCUCCAGACGAUUCAUUCGUUUUAUUUGGGUUACUGGAAACUGUUCUUAACAUUGCUGAAAGAAAGCUAGUAACAUUUUUCCACGGAAGUAAAGAGGCGUUUUCGUCGUGUGCAUUUUCUCCGAGCGGCAAGAGGCUGCUAACUAGCAACGGCUCAAACACCAUUAAGUUAUGGGACGUCUCUAGGCAAAGCUUGCUGGUGUCACUUUGUGCUGACGUACGUGUUGAUUGGUGUUCUUUUAGCAGCACAGGGUUAUUUAUCAUUGGAGAUAGGAAAGAUGCUGAUCCUUCGUACGAAGACGUGGAUUUCUUGGAAUUAAACGAUUUUAUAAUUCAAAACAGGAGAUCAAAAGAUUCAUUUUGCGUUUGGAGUGCUAUUACCUGGCAAAGAAGUGAUGAGCGAAACAUACGUUAUGCAAAGCUAAAGGAACUACAGGUAGGAGUUUUGCAGAAUAAGAAAUGUAACCGUUGUUUUCGACAAGGAUUUAAAGAAUUAAUCUCUUCCAGAAGAUUAGAAAACGAACUUUGUGUGCCGUUGAUAUUUUCGGAAGGCCAAUUCGAAGCCAGGUCGACGGGGAUCUACAACGGUGUAAAUUGUAUUUUUUCUCUGAAAGGUUAUUCUUUUAGUGUCAUAGAAAGUACUCAUUUCACCAUACUCGCUUCUUGGAACGUUUUUGUUGAUAAGCGGAAUAAUUAUUGCCUUUGCAAAAUAACAGCACUUGAAAAUGAUCUAUGGUUUUACGCAGAUGUGGAAAAAUUAGUUGUCUUUAGGACAUUAGCCACAACACAAGAACAACUUUCUCGCCUGCCACGUCCAACACGGGUUCUUUCAAGUUCGUUUUCUCCUGAUGGUUCCCGACUUGCAACCUGUGCCUCAGACGGACAUAUCAACAUAUGGAAUGUCGAUACCAGCCAAGUUGAACAGCGUUUCAAAAGCAAUCAAGGCGAUUCUUUAUUUGCUUGUUGGUGGUCGGAAGAGUUCUUGUUCGUGUUUGACUUUUUUGACAGGAUUCCCCGCUUAACAAAAUACCUGCAUGUCAAUUUAGAGAUCCUGUUCUUUGUGAGCCUGCAAGUGUCGCUGUGUCAUUUGUUGGAAGAGUUCGUAUCCUUAUCAGCACUUGUUGAUUUUUCAGAGGGCUUACUCAUUUUCAAGUGCGGAAAUACGAAGCCUGUGAAAGUUCUUGAUGUUAACGGAACAGGAGAACCGCGAAUGGUCACCUUACCAGAAAUUAAGGCUUGGAUGGAUAUCAUUGUAUCGCCUGGUGCUUCCUUUGUCUUUGGUGGUAAUAUGAAGUUUUGUUGCAUUUGGGAAAGAAUUACCGAGGAACCAGUAACGUAUGAAGUCAUUUAUUCUGACCAUGAUCUUUUUUUGGGAUCAUGCGAAUUGCAUUUUGCAUGUUGUUUCACGAAGGAUUCUAAAAUCGCUGUUGUUCGGAUCAAGUUGCCUGAUAUAUGGCACUUUGAUAUAAUAGACCUGGAUAGUGGCGUUUACAAAAAUAUACGUCUGGAAGAAUAUCCUACUGGUUCCAAGCUCUUUUGUCUUAAAAAGGACAGAGUUGUUAUCGUUCCAUCUGAUCACGUUAUACAUUUUAUUGACAUGGACUCUG